AUGACAACAAGAUCUUUAUUUGAUGAAUGUCACGAAAAUUUACUAAGAGAUGCACAAUUUUAUGGAUUAACAGGAUUAAUAAAAGAAAUAGAAGAACGAUACCGACCUAAUCGCUUCACCUCUCGACACACUUAUGUUAAUCCUUUCUUAAUGCACAAAAAGCAUUUGGCAUAUAAUCUUCGGGAUCUUGACGUCGAGAAAUUAUCUGUUGAUGAAUUGGGAUAUCUCGUAUGGCAAGACCAGACUGACGCUAAAAAAUAUUUACUUCAUAUUCAUGCGCAAGAUUGUAUUCUUUCGCUCGGCUUGCAUCGUUCAGACGAGUCGGUUAAAGUAUCGUUAGAGUUUCACGAUUCACGUGAUAUUAAAGUAAUACAAGAACUUACAGAACAUUUUGGUGCGCAAUUGAUAAAGUCUGAAAAUAUCGCAGAAGAGAAAAUUAAAAUUGGCGGGACACUUAAGGGAAAAUCGGACAUUUCAGAUGUAUUUCUUAAUAUUGAUGAUAUCAAUUGUACACUAUGGGAAUUACUUCAUUUUCGUGACUAUUUAUCUGAUAUAAAUGUAACUGGUCCGAAACGACAGCGAAUGCUAGAGUUAGAUAAUAUUAUUUAUAAUGAUUGGGUGUUUGGCGAUACAAUUUAUGGGAGAUUUUAUGUGGUUGAUAUAGAUUUCACUUUACCGCCUCUUUAUAUGCAUCGUGCAAAAUUAUUAAGCGAACAAAGAUGGGCAAGAAAUUUACCUUUUGUACAAUCUUCUUAA